AUGGAGAUUUUAAUUUUUAUGCCUAUUUAUAUAGUUUUGGUUACAUUUUUUGUGACUGUAAACGCCCAAACUACUGGUUUAAAUAUACUAACGGACACAACUAAAAUACCAGAGAAGGAUGUCGUGGACAAUAGUAGAGGAAACUCUAUACAAAAUGAACCAGUUGCUUUAACAGAAAAUAAGAAUAGAGUUGAAGAAAAGCUGUUUCAUAUAUUAUCAGGUACUAGAAGAGAACUUAAAGAAAAUAAUUCUACUUCAAAAAUCACGCAGGUACCACUUAAUUUGGUUAUUGACACGAAACCAAGGACAAUACCUAUUAAAAUUCCGUUAACUAUCAAAACAGGUAAUGUAAAGCCAGCCCCAGCACAUUAUAUACGUUUAAAAGGCAAUACGGACAGAAGAAACUCAAAAACUACGUCACCAACUUCUUCCAGUUCAAAUAAACCAACUUCAAGAAAAAAUGUAGCUAUAAAAGAUAAAGUUAAGUCUAAAUCUACUAAUAAGUCUGUUCGCAAUCAUAAAUCUAAAAAUUCUAAAUUUUUUGAAGAUACAAGAGAUAGUAAUGAUACAUCUUUGCUGAAAGAACCUAAGUCAGUAAAUCCAAAAAAAAACAAGAAGAUGAAAAAUAACCACGAUUCUUCAACAAAAUUAAAACCAGAAAAAGAAACUGAUAAUGAGUUAAAACACGAGACACGUAAACAUGAGACAGUUUGUAAUUGUGAUGAAACUAUAAAUAUAGAAAACGGGACACAUUCUGUCCUUAUUUCAAAAUUACCACUAUCUAUUCAAUAUGAAAUAAAAUCUAAAGAAGUAAAUAAAAGUCUUGAUAAAAACUUGCAAGACUACGUACCAAAGGAAAAUCCUUUAACUCUUCUUCACAACGAAUUGGGGAUAAUACCAGCACCAAUAAGUGAGAACACUACUAUGGCGGUUAUCGCAAUUGACUAUGAUACUCAAGAUCCUGAUGAUAACCUAUCUGACAACAAAUACAUUGAAACUGCUGUGAAAGAGACUCCUAUUGUUUCAGUUCCAGUUGACCCUGAAAUUGAAUCACCUGAAGUUAUAAGGAUAAAGGAUCAUAAUUACCAGGAAAUCGAGGAAAGAAGACUACCAUCAUAUCCUGAACAAAUUACUGUAGAUGAAUAUAAAAGUGAACCAUGGGCAACUGAAACAUUGAAUCCUGUAUCUACACAUACAUAUGACACUUAUGUUCCAAACUAUCAGACAGCAUAUAGCAAUUAUUUAAAGUUAAUGACUGAAAACAACUCACCCAUUUACAACGAAGGUAAUUGCUACCCACGAUCCAAUAUUUUAGAUCCUGUGAAUACAUAUGCCCCAGAAGUACCACAAAUAUUAUCAUCUCCUGUUAAGGAAGUUGUUCAGGAUAUAUACGAGCCAAAUCUAGGAUAUCAAAGUAAUACUAUAAAUCUACAGCCUGAAAAUUCUGUAGGAAGAAUUUGGAGGACAUGGAAAGAUACUGAAAUUAAACUCAAUAGACCCAAGUACGCUAGAAAUAGACCUUUUCAACUUAGAAGAAAUUCCAUUGGAAUAAUCUAUGGGGAACAUGGUGCUAAAAUGCCUUCGAUUCUUAGACUUCAACCAGUGAGUCCUGGCAAGUAUAAUAAUUUAAACAACAUGUGGCCGUACCUAAAUUCUGGUCAACUGAAUCGAUACCUAUUAUAA